AUGGCAUGCAUAUAUGACAUCCACGCCUCAUGGGAGGACAACCUGCGGCGAGGUCCCAGCUACAACGGCCCUCUGCCGCUAGAUCGCGCACGGCCGCCGCCAGACCAGUGGUUUGAUUUCCUGGGCUUCAAGGUCGCGUCCCGCCUGGGCGUGCCGGCAGGGCCGCUCCUGGACAGCAAGUGGACCACUCUGGCGGCGCGGCUGGGUUAUGACAUCGUCACCUACAAGACAGUGCGCUCCUCUUACAGCCCGGGCCACGCUCCACCAAAUGUGCUGUACCUGGAACUGCCCGGGCAGCUGCCCGCGGCUGCAGCAGCCGGCGCGCCGCCGCUCACGGUGCGCGCACUCGCAGACGCGGCGGCCAGCCAGGAGCCCUCCUGCUGCUCCGCAAUGCCCAGCACACCGGGCGCCUUCGGCCACGCCGCCACCACCAACGGCCGCUCAGAUCGCUCAAACGGCUGCACGUCUGGGGGCGCCGCGGCCGCCCCAUCCGCGGCUGCGCCACCACCUUCGUUCGCAUCUGCCGCCGACAUAGCCAUCACAAACAGCUUUGGCAUGCCCAGCAUGGGACCUGAAUACCUGCUCAGCGACAUUCCAAAGGCGCAGGCGGCGCUGGGGCCCGGACAGCUGCUGGUCAUCUCGGUGACGGGCUCCCCGGACCGCGCGGACGGCGUCAGCUUCGCCGAUGACUUUGUUGAGGCGGCUCAACUGGCCAAGGCCGCUGGCGCCCGGGUGGUAGAGGCCAACUACUCGUGCCCCAACGUGGGCCGCGGCCAGGGCGCCCUAUACACCGACCCCGCCCAGGUCUCGGCCAUCACGCGCGCGCUGGUGGCGGCGCUCGGCCCGGAGGUGCCCCUCAUAAUCAAGGUGGGCGCCUUUGAGAGCCCAGAGCUCCUGGCUCAGGUGCUGGAGGCUGCAGCGGGCGCGGGGGCGCGCGGCGUGGCCGGGAUCAACGGCCUCAGCAGGGCCAUCGUGACGCGGGACGGCGCCCCCGCGCUCGGCCUCGACCGCCCGACCAGCGGCGUCUGCGGCGCCCCCAUCCGCGCCGCCGCGCUCGCGUUCGUCGCGGCGGCGCGCGCCGCCAUUGACGCAGGGCGCCUGGGGCUGGCCCUGGUGGGCGUAGGCGGCGUCGCGGCGCCGGAACAUGUCGAUGCCAUGCUGGCGGCCGGGGCCGAUGUGGUCCAGAGCGCCACCGGGAUUAUGUGGCACCCGGGGCUGGCGGCUGAGUAUCACGAGCAACAGCAGCGGCGGGCGGCGGCAAGGCCAGGCCGGCCCGCCGGGGCCGCGUAG